GAAGGUAUGUACGCUCUUGACAUGAAUAGAUCAAAAUGAGUCUUGUGGUCAUUACAAGGAGAGCCAACAGUUGAGGUUACAAAUGAAGUUGUUGAUGCUGCAGGGCAUACAAUUGGUACAUCUUUGGAGGUCAUUUCCAACUUAGGAAGGUUCUCAACCCCAAGAGUACCACACCUUUGCUAUGAUCAUGUCAGUCUUGAGGCCCUUAGAGGUAAUGUUCUUAUGUUUGUAUGGAGGUUUAAGAAUUGGGUUAUACGAGCCUGUUAAGAAUUUGUAUGUUGGGAAAGACCAUGUUGGAGAUGCUCCAUUGGUGAAAAAAAUUCUCGCUGCAUUAACAACUGGUGCUGCUGUAGCAAUUGCAGUGGCAAAUCCUACCGAUCUUGUCAAAGUUAGACUUCAAGCAGAAGGAAAAUUCCCUCCUGGCGUGCCAAGGUGCUACACUGGAUCAUUGAAUGCUUAUUCAACAAUUGUGAAACAGGAGGGAGUCAGAACACUUUGGACUGGCAUUGGCCCCAAUGUCGCAAGAAAUGCUAUCAUUAAUGCUGCUGAGCUAGCCAGUUAUGAUCAAGUGAAAGAGACCAUUUUGAAAAUUCCAGGCUUCACCGAUAACGUUGUUACACAUCUUCUUUGGGCGGGUUUUUUUGCAGUGUGUAUUGGCUCCCCAGUUGACGUGGUGAAGUCAAGAAUGACGGGAGAUCCUAGUUACAAAAGCACCAUUGGUUGUUUCGUCAAAACAUUAAAAAAUGAUGUACCACACCUUUGCUAUGAUCAUGUCAGUCUUGAGGCCCUUAGAGGGAUUUGUCAUCGUCUCAGUUUUAUUCGAUACAACAUCUUGCCCUCAUACAUCCUAACAAAAUGGGGUAGCCGGACGUAAAAAUAUGCAUCUUGUAGAAACCGUUUGGACCCUACUUCUCUAUGGUAAUGUUCCAUUCUGGUUCUGGAGGAUAUUAUGCUAAUAUGGCAUGUUACCUUAUAAACCUCAUGCCCUCGUCUGCCCUUAACAACAAUAUCCCUCACUUAAUUUUGUUAUUUCCUUAUUCCCCCUUCACCCAAUUCCUCCUCGUUUCUUCGAGUCUACAAUAUUUGUUAAAGUAAAUGCUCGUGACGGCGACGGUACCGGUGAUCAUCCAUGGUUCUCUUUCUCUCUCUUCCAGGUUACUCCUACCCUAUCUCAUAUCGAAACAUUGGGGACAAUGUUCGGUUUAAGUGUGGGAGGAGAUUUUUAUCGUUUUUUAUUGCUUUUCUUUAUUUUUAGUAUGUUUUGAGCGUUUUUUGUUGUUUGCUUUUCCUUUCAAUAAAAUAACAUGUGUUUGACGAGUCAUCUGUGUAGUGUAUCCGUAUUUCUCCUAUUUCUUUAACCUUACCAAAAAAAAAUUGUGAGCAAAGAAAACAGUGCAUCUUGAAUAUUCAGGCUAUAAGACAGGUUUAUGACGGGAUGUAAAAGACUUGGGAAAACGUUUUUUAAAAAUCGGUAUUGUCUUAAUAGCGUAGGCUUCAUGAUUAUAAGAGUCGAUCCCGACACCCCAUGUGUUGUGGUCCCAAUUUUUUUUACAAAUAAGUCCUUAAGUAGUUUAUCCUUGCAGUCAGCUCCGGCUUAAGCAUGCUCUACGUAGGGGACCGAUGAAAAUAAGUGAAU